AAUAUAAAGUUUUUACCAUUUAAUUUAAAUUAUAAUAACAAUUAUAUGGAAUACAAAUUAUACACUGUUAAUUGUGUUAAUACGUGUAUACGACGUAUACAAUUAUUUUUGGUGUACCUACCACAUGAACGUAACACUAAGAACUUUUCUAGUUUCUAGUUGUAUGAGAGCAGUGACAGUCGACAGAUCCGAGGAAAGUCAACUGAUAUUGUCAUAUUGAUGUUUUUCUUAAGAUUAAUGUUAGUAAUAUAAUUAAUAUAAUAAUAUGACAAAUGUCAUAUUAGUAUGAUAUUUUAUCAUUAUUCCCAUACUGAAUAUGUGGACGCAUGGGUACUUUUUUUAAUAAUAUAUUUUAUUUUUUCAGUGAUCGUAUUUCAAAUAUUGAAAUAUUAAUAUUAUACUAUAUAACAUAAUACUAUAUAAUGUCUCACCAAGGAUUUGUGAUUGAUUUUAAUAAGUUAUAUCUAACUUAUAGCCUAGAAUUUUAUUCUACACUUUUAUCACCAAUUUAUUACUAUAUAACGAUUAAUACAAUAUAAUAAAUUAAAGAUUACCUAAUUAUAUCUUACGAGUUGGUACCUAUACUAGUUUUUAUAUUACUCGUAGACUAAUUUAUUUCGAAGGUAUGCGAUGUUUUAAUAUUCGACUCAAUAAAAUAUUAUUUUACACGGGUCGAAUAAAAAUAUUAUCAAGUUGGAGGUCAGUCUUGUAUUAACAAUUUAAAAUACAACUGCAUGCAGGGGACUCACGGGUAAAAAUUAAUGAGUUUUUAAGUAUGGGCGAUGUAGACGAAAUUAUCUUUGUUUUUCGAUCUGCCGAUGUAGACGUCAUUUGACCUAAUGUGUCUACAUAUUUCAUUUCGAAAAAUAAGGUAUUUUUGUUAUCGAAAAAAACUUAUAAAAUCGAUAUGUACAUCGUUCACACAGUCAGUUCAGUUACGGGAACCAUUACUAUUGGACAUUCUUAUAAGCAACCUUAAUUUUUUUUCAUCAAUCGACGAAAAACAAAAUGAAUACAAUCACGAUAGUAGUUUUGGCGGUGUUCGUCUUCUCGCAAUGGUCGACCACUGCUGCGGUGACCACAUAUUCGACAGAAAAACCAAAGACCCCAGCCGUAGCGCAACUUUUGAGAAACGACUAUGUCUACGAUAACAGUGGACAGUUUAGCCUCAAUUAUCAGGUGGAUGAUGGAACAUCGCAGACCAGGGAAGGUACGUUGGUUUUGAACGACGAAGGAGACGAUUACGUUUUGAUUCAGAAGGGUUCAUAUUCAUACAUUUCUCCCGAAGGCAUCAAAGUUACGGUGACAUACACAGCCGACAAGGAAGGUUUCAAGAUUGUUGAAUCUAGCAACGACGUCCCCGCCAGAGUGUAACUGGAAAGCCCAUAGUCCAUAGUCAUAUUAUUAUGUCCAUAGCAUCAUUAUAAUAUUGUAUAAGGUUUAGUGCUUUGUUCAUUAUUAUCUUAAACUGAUUAUGUAGUGUUCGCAAAUAGAUAGUCGUAAUGUAGAAUCAAUCACGUAUAUAUUUGAGUGUACAUGUAAUAAAAUAUACAGGGUAUUUACCUAUUAAAACAUUUGAAACACAUA